CAUUAUAACAAAGAACAUGAAAACCGACCCCUCUCAACCCCCCCUUCUCACCUAGUAGGUACUGCGGCCUGUUAGACAGACUCUCAGACUCUUUCUCUCACCGCUUUGCAACCAUCGUCGCUCUCGCCCUUCAGCGAUGUAUCUACUUUCUUUUCUUCUGGCUUUACCUCUGCUCUCACUUGCUCAGUCAUCAAGUGUUCAGCUCUCAACUUCUACCAUUGUGGAAGAGACCCUCGGCUCGAAUCGACAAACUAGCACAAUAACACAAAUCACGGUGUUCACAAUCACCCCCGCUCCCACAGCGUCCGCCUCAGUCUCUGUCUCUGGCAACUCUUCUUCAGCAAUAACUAGCGGUAGCAACAACGGAACCACCACAUCAAUCGCCUCUAGCAAUCUACCUACUGCAGCGUCUACCAUCGCUGGAGCGGAUGGCGGUCCCAACGGUGCCCCCAGUCCAGGAGCAUCAGCGUCAGGUGGAAUAUACGGCCCUCCAGAUGGCUAUAUUGCAGGCGCACAAGCCUUGCGCGGUGCAAAAAUUCUCGGAGCUGUCGGUCUUUUCGUUGGAGGAGCAUUGGUUUUGUUUUAGAGGAUAAAACGGUUUCAAACCUGUACACUCAUAUUCCGUCUAGCUCUCAUCAAGCUCUCUUUAUUGGACAUGGACAAACCAGUUUGCUUUUAGGGUUUGCU